AUGAGCUCCAGAGAGUUCGCGCAGGCCCUCCAGGGCACAGGCCAUGCCCCCUUGCGCAUGACAUCACACCCUCCCGCGCCCUGGCCAGGCCGGUCCCUCUUGGCCACGGCACGGAAAGCGCCGGAGGGCACUGGAAGCUUCCCCCAGGCCGGGAGGAGAGGGUACCCUGGGUUGACCCCGGCAGGCAGAGUUCUCAGCCUUUGUGUCUUGAGCAAUUGCUUUGGGUCCUUUCUUCCAGAUUUCACCUGGGUGGUGAAGGCGAACAACCGGGAAUUCCACAACCAGUUCCGGAAGAGGUACGCCUGGUGUCUGAGCAAGAAAAAAUAUGCGGAUAAUGCCAUCAAAACAGCCAAGUACAACAUUCUGACUUUCAUCCCUCUCAACCUCUUUGAGCAGUUUCACCGGCUGGCCAACCUCUAUUUCCUCUUCGUCAUUACAUUACAGACCAUCCCGGAGAUCUCCACCCUUCCAUGGUUUGCACUGAUUCUUCCUCUUACCAUUCUGCUUGGCAUCAGGGGCAUUCGGGACUUGAUUGAUGACAUUGCACGGCACCGUAGCGACUGGGAAAUUAACAGCCGGCCCUGUGAGAUUUUGACUGGGAGAAGUUUCAGUCAGAAGAAAUGGCGGGACAUCUGUGUGGGUGACAUCGUAUGCCUUCGCAAGGACACCUUUGUACCGGCGGACCUCCUCUUACUCUCCAGUUCAGAGCCCAACAGCCUCUGCUAUGUGGAGACAAUGGACAUAGAUGGGGAGACGAAUCUGAAGUACAGACAAGCCCUCCUGGAGACGCACAAAGAGCUGGCCAGGGAGGAGAAAAUGGCCGCUUUUGACGGGACAGUAACUUGCGAGGAGCCGAACAGUCGGAUGCACAGUUUCAUCGGCACGCUGGAGUGGCGUGGGGAGAAGUACUCCCUUGACAGUGAGAAGAUCUUGCUACGUGGCUCCAGGAUCCGGAAUACGGAGACCUGCUAUGGUCUUGUUAUCUACGCAGGUUUUGAUUCCAAAAUAAUGAGAAAUUGUGGCAAAAUCAAAGUGAAGAAAACCAAGCUCAGCCGCCUGAUGGACCGCAUCGUGCUUCUGCUCUCCCUGAGUCUCAUCCUUAUCUCGUUCUGCUUCGCUAUCGCCUCUGGAAUCUGGGUUGAGAAGUUCCGCCAGGAACACAGUUACCUCGCCGUUUUCUUCGAGCACACCUCUGCAGCCAAACACGCCUUCUUUGCCUUCUGGGGGUUCAUCAUCCUCUUGAGUCUUGUCCUUCCAAUGUCUAUGCUCAUCACCUUUGAGUUCAUCUACCUGGUCAACAGCUGCUUCAUCAACUGGGACGUGGAGAUGUAUUACGCCCCGAAGGACACUCCGGCCAAAGCCAGAAGCACGAGUCUGAACGACCAGCUGGGGCAGAUUCAAUACGUCUUCUCGGACAAGACUGGCACCUUGACUCAAAACAUCAUGACGUUCAAGAAAUGUUGCAUCAACGGGAUGAUAUACGGUUCAGACAACGGCAACACUACAGGCCAGUCAAUGGAAGCCUUGUUGAACUGGAACAAGUACCACAACAGGAAGCUGGAGUUCUUCGACCAGUCGCUCAUCGAUAUAAUCCGGCAGAACAACGACGCUGCAGUGCGGGAGUUUAUGUGCCUACUUGCCCUCUGCCACACCGUCAUGGUGGAGGAGAAAGAGAGUCAGCUGGUUUACCAAGCAGCGUCGCCGGACGAAGAAGCCUUGGUGACAGCAGCUAGGAACUUGGGGUAUGCCUUCCUCUCCCGGACCCAAGACACCAUCACGAUCAGCGAGCUGGACAUGGAAAGGACGUAUAAGGUCUUGGCACUGUUGGAUUUCAACAGUGUACGCAAACGGAUGUCAAUUCUGGUGCGAGAUCCUGAGGGCUGCAUCAAGCUUUACACCAAAGGAGCCGACACGGUGAUCCUGGAGAGACUCCACCAGGCACGGCUGAACGAGGCCACCACAGUCAAGGCGCUGGACAGCUUUGCCACGGAUACCCUGAGGACGUUGUGCCUGGCGAGCAGAGAGGUGGACGAGGACGAAUACAGCCUCUGGAGCAAGAAGUACCAUGCUGCGAGCGUCCUGCUGCAGAAUCGGGCCCAAGAACUGGACCAGCUUCUGGGUGCCACGGCCAUAGAGGACAAGCUGCAGGACGGAGUCCCCGAGACCAUCCAGAUGCUCAAAAGGGGGGGCAUCAAAGUGUGGGUGUUGACUGGAGACAAGCAAGAGACAGCUGUGAAUAUUGGCUUUGCAUGUCAACUUCUGACGGACGACAUGAAUAUCCUGGAGGAGAGUGAGAUCCGUGAGUUCCUUGAACCUUCUUGGUACAGCAACAACAGCUUGGCCAGCAGUGAGGAACCCCUGUAUGAAAAUGGCUCGAUCCCACCUUUCCGGGCACCCGUUCUUCAUGGAAAGACAGCACUGGUGGUCACCGGGGACUUCCUAGAGAAAAUCCUCCAUGAUGAGGGAAAGAAGAAAUCAAAGAAAAAGGGAGGCUGUUGGGACUGCCACAGGGCAGAGGUGGAGAAGGACCACAGGGUCCUGGCGGAGAAGGCGUUUGCAGAGCUGGCCACCUCCUGCCAGGCGGUGAUCUGUUGCCGGGUGACACCCAAGCAAAAGGCUCUCAUUGUCCAGAUGGUGAAGAAGCACCAGAACACCAUCUCCUUGGCCAUCGGGGAUGGGGCCAACGACGUGAACAUGAUUAAAACUGCUGACAUUGGAGUUGGAAUCAGCGGGCAGGAAGGGAUGCAGGCCGUCCAGUGCAGCGAUUAUGCCUUGGCACAGUUCCGCUUCCUGCAACAGCUCCUCUUUGUCCACGGCCGGUGGUCCUACCUCCGGAUCUGCAAGUUUCUCCGCUAUUUCUUCUACAAGACAUUUGCUGGCAUGAUGGUGCAGAUCUGGUUUGCUUUCUACACAGGAUUUUCAGCACAGCCGCUGUUGGAGGGCUGGUUUCUCGCUCUUUAUAAUGUGUUCUAUACUUCCUAUCCCGUGUUCUUCAUGGCGAUCUUGGAACAGGAUGUGAGCGCCAAGAAAAGCUUGCAGUUUCCUGAGCUUUACAAGGUCGGCCAGAAGGACAUGCUCUUCAACCUCUGGACCUUCUGCGUGUCCUUCAUCCACGGCUCUUUCGUCUCCUUGGUCAACUUUUACAUCGCGAGCUGGGCCUUUGGGGACCGCGCCAGCACCCACGUCGUGGGCGAUUACCAGUCCUUCGCCAUGAUUAUCGCAACCGCGGCCGUAGUGACCGUCACGGCUGAGAUCAUGAUGGACAUUAAAUUCUGGACGGUGUUCAAUGUGCUGGCGAUCGUUGCCAGCUUCGCACUCUACAGCUUUUUCAGCUACCUCACUCAAAGUUUCCAGGCCUACCAGCAGGCACCCACCGCCUUCCAGUUCCCUGAUGCUAGCAAGAAUGCACUGACCGACCCAACUGCACUCCUUGUCGUCUUGCUCUGCUUAGUGGUGAACAUCACCCCCUCCCUCACCGUCCGCUUUAUACACAGCUUUGCAGGGCCCAGGACCAUGACAGAGAAUCUUCAGGCCAGGAACAUGCAGGGGAAACAGAAGACGGUGGAGCUGACGUCUCACAUCCGGCGGGACUCCCUGUGGAGGCGUUCCGGCUACGCCUUCUCGCACAGGGGAGGCUAUGCCGACCUCAUCUCCAGAGGAGCCAGCCUCCGGGUCAAGGACCCCCACGCCCGCCCUCAACUCAAUGGCUUUUGCAGGGCCCCACUGCCCGGCAAGGGAAACCCCACCCCGGCCAAGGGCAAUGCCGUCACCGCCGGUCACAACGUCGUCCAGUUGUGCUGAACAGACAAAGACAGAAGGCCGAGGACUUGGUUAUUGCCACCAAAACCUGGCCGAACCAGCAGGCCUGGACACAGAUCCGUUCCCCUCUGCACCUGCCGAGGACUGGAGCAUCUGAGACCCGUCUGCAGACACUCAACGGGGCUCAGUCCCAUUCCAGCGCAGGGAGUUGGGGGUUCCAAUCCUGGUGCCAGGUUUUAUUUAUUGAGCUUUCCUCUUCUUGCCUACUGCCCACAGACUCUGCGGUAUCCCCGCCAACGGCCAACCUUCCUGCGUAUGCGCAGCAAGGAGCAAAGUGCAACCUCCCAUACACCGUCAGGUGUGCCAUUCACAAAACUCGUGCUUGCCUCACAGAUGUACUUCGAAGGCUCAUGGGGACUUGAUUUGAGACUAUCCCCCCCACAGAAUCCGGGGAUAUGUAACGUCAUUUUUUAAACCAAGGGGCCUCGGGGCUCGUAAAUGCC